AUGACUCUUACAGAAAAAGUUGCAAGAAUUUUUUUAAAUAAAAAAAGAUUUACAGGUGAUUUUAGUGAAUUUUCAAUUUUUUCAAAUAAAGCAAAUAAUAAUAAUGAAUUAAAAAAAUGGAGAAUAGUAACAGAUCAAGAAAUUGGUGGUAGUACUAAGGCAUCAUUGAAAAUAGAUGAAGAUAAUUGUUUAGUAUUUUCAGGUAUUAUAUCUAAAAAAUUACCAGAAAAUAAUUUAAAAAUUAAAUCUAGUGGUUAUGCUGGUAUUUUUACAAAAAUUGAUUUAACAGAUUUAGAUUUAGAAAAGUUUAAUAGAAUUUCAUUUAGGGUUAAAUCAGAUGAAAGAACAUAUUCAUUGGCAUUAUUAAGAAGUCAAGAAAAACAAACAAUGUAUAAAGCAAUUUUCGCAUCCUCACCAGAUCAGUGGGAAACUGUAGAUAUGCCAUUUUUACAAUUUUUUAGAGUUUACAAAGGUGUUGUAGAUAUGAAUUUAGAAGAAAUUAAAAAAGAAGGUAUCGAUGGUAUUGGUUUGAUCCAAUCCGAUAAAAAAGAAGGUCCUUUUGAAAUCAAAAUUCAAUUUAUCAAAGUACGUAAUAUAAAAACUCCAAAUUCUUUAGACUCUAGAAUGAUUUCAACUACCGGUACUAUUAUUGAACCUCCAAACUAUUAA